UAUUGGGACACUCCUCCAAAUCAAUGGAUUCAGGUGUUCCAAUCCCCUCAAAAUCAUUGAACUCAGGUGUUCCAAUCACCUCCAUGGCCACAAUUGUAUAAAAUCAAUCACCUAGGCAUGCAGACUGCUUCUACAAACAUUUGUGAAAGAAUGGGUCACUCUCAAGAGCUCAGUGAAUUCAAGCGUUGUACAGUGAUAGGUUGCCACCUGUGCAAUAAGUCCAUCCAUGAAAUUUCCUUGCUAUUAAAUAUUCCACAGUUAACUGUUAGUGGUAUUAUAACAAAGUGGAAGCAACUGGGAACAACAGCAUCUCAGCCACUAAGUGGUAGGCCAUGUAAAAUGACAGAGUGGGGUCUGCGCUUGUCGAAGCGCACAGUACGCAGAAGUUGCCAACUGUCUGUAGAGUUAAUAGCUAAAGAUCUCCAAACUUUGUGUGGCCUUCAGAUUAGCACAACAACAGUGGAUAGAGGGCUUCAUGGAAUGGGUUUCCAUGGCCGAGCAGCUGCAUCCAAG